AUGCCAUAUGGAGGCUGUAUGGAGAGGGACAAUAAGAGCACGGAUGCAGCCAUGGAGUUCCUCCUGCUCGGCUUCUCCGAGCUGCUCUGUCUGCGGGUCCUCCUCUUUCUUAUUUUUCUCACUGUCCAUUUGGUCACAUUGGUGGGGAAUGCGAUGAUCUUUGUGGCAGUGGUUAUGGAGCCUUCCCAUCCUCCCAUGCUUUUUUUCCUCUGCCAGCUGUCCGUCAUAGAGCUAUGCUACACCUUAGUCAUUGUCCCCAAGGCGCUUCUCAGCCUGAUCGUGGGGGACAGCAGCACCAUUUCUUUCAUGGGCUGUGCCGUGCAGAUGCACCUCUUUGUGGCGCUCGGUGGGGCCGAGUGCUUCCUCCUGGCAGCCAUGUCAUACGACCGUUAUGUUGCCAUCUGCCAGCCCCUGCACUAUGCGGCGGUGAUGAGCAAGGGGUUCUGCCUCAGGUUGGCUGUGACGUGCUGCCUGGUGGCCUUUGCCGUCGCCCUGGGGCUGACGCUGGCUGUGUUCUGCUUGCCUUUCUGCCAGUCACGUUGCAUCAACCACUUCUUCUGCGAUGUCCCUGCUGUGCUGCACCUGGUGUGCACACAGAGUUACGCCGCUGAGCUGCUGUUGCUGGCUGCCUUUGUGCUUUUCCUGCUGCUCCCCUUCCUCCUCAUCCUCACCUCAUAUGUCUGCAUUGCUGCUGCUUUGGUACAUGUCACCUCCUCCAUGGGAAGGGGAAAGGCCGUUUCCACCUGUGUUUCACACUUGGCCAUCACCUUGCUACACUAUGGAUGUGCCACCUUCAUGUACGUUCGUCCCAAGUCCAGUUACUCCCCAGCUCGAGAUAAGACGGUGUCUCUGGUUUACACCAACUUUACUCCAUUACUGUAUCCCCUCAUCUAUAGCCUGAGGAACAAGGAAAUCAGGGGAGUCCUCAGGAAAAUGUUGAGGAAGAAGAAAAAAGCUCAGCUGAACUGGGAUGAUAUCAGAGCUAUGAUGUGUGUGUGCGGUAAACUUCAGCAGAACGAAUGA